AUGGCUCUUUCCCAGUUAGUAGCCCAGGGUACAGCUGACGAAGAAGACGAUGAACUAACUCUGCCUGUUUAUCACCAACAAGACGAUCUCCUCUCUCUUGCUCAUGUUGCGUUGAUGAUACGAUCUGAUGUGCGGGAGACUCCAGGUUACAAUGGACUCGACAUAGGCAUGCACGAUGUCGGUGAUUGUGUUCCCGAAAGUCUGCAAAUGUUUCUAAAUCUUUUGUUCGGAGGUGAACGACUUUUAGAUGAGGAAACAAUUGAAAGAAAAGAAAAUGAAGUUCGCAGUAAAGCGCUUGCCGUUGCUCAAGAUAUUGUGUACGGAGUAAGCAACGGUAAGAAAUGGACACCUAAGCACAUUGGCUUAGGGAGCACCCUUCACCAAGUCACAAGAUCGAAAGAUCUAGUUAAACUUUUUUACAAGGCAGGACAUAUUCUGAGUUAUGACCAAAUUCUUCAACUUGAUACGGGUUUAGCCGAGAGUGUUUUAAACACUUUGGAUGAAAAAACCGGAACCGUGAUCGCGCCAAAUUUGGUGCAAGGUAAUUUCGUACACUUCUCUGCUGAUAACAUUGAUAUUUUGAAUGAAACGCUGGACGGUAAGAACACGUUUCAUGCCACACAAAUAGCUGCAUGGCAACGUGGGGCAGAAAUUUCGUCGUUACUUGACGGUGUAAAUCCAUCCAAAAAGCGAAGUCUGAAUAUUUCAGAAUCGAUGGACAAGAUUGAAACGAUUGUAGCAAGAUAA